AGAGGGAGAACAGCGACCGCUCCCUUUUCCUUCUCUUGCUAUAUGUUGAGACAGAUAUCAUAUCAGCAGCCCCCGAAUCCUCCAUUUUUUUAUAAUUUAUGUUAUAUGAAAGUUGCAUCUCUCUUGUAUCACAAGGAGAUCUUACAAGAACUCUCACUCCAGAGAGCAACCCCAGGACGAUAAAGAAAAGGAGAGAAAGAGACGAGAGGCGACAGAGCGACAAUAGAGAGAGUGAGUGUGGGAGGGGGAGGGAGAGAGAGAGAGAGGAGUUGAAGAAGCUUUCAAUUUCCACAGGAGGGAAAACGAUGUCUGAGAACUUCACAUCCUUUCAUACUAUGCAACUCUCAGAGUUGAAGUGAGGCUGCCGGAGGAAAUAAAGACGAAGCUGAUGACGACGACGACGACGACGACAAUUAUGAUGAAGAACGAGAUUUCAAGAUGGGAAUAACAGCGCCGGCACUUGCAUCAAUAAUCUCUCACUCCAAUUCCAAGACCCGCCAUUCCUUUUCUACCUUGUACAAGAAGUCCGAUUUUCCGAAGUCUAUGUCCAUGUCCCAAGAUUACCAUCAAGCAGGAAUCUUCAACUUUUCGAAUGGAUUCGAGAGAUCCACUGUAACUCAGCAACCUCAUCAGCAGCCGCAGAUUCGGAAGGACAAAAUGAGGGUGCAAGGCUUCGACCCACCGCCACCGUUAGUGGGUAUCGAGGAAGAGGAAUCCGGAGGUCUUCCUGUGUACGAAAACGCCGGUAUGUUAUCGGAGAUGUUUAGUUUCCCUCCCACAGGCGCCACCUCUUCUGAAUUCUUGGAACAGCAACCCUUGACCGCGACCUAUCGAUCGUUCAGCAGGCCACAGGCUACUGCGAUGGGCGGCGAGUGGUACGGAGACCGACAAGGCUUGAUAAGUGGUAUGGGAGAUUCCAAGAAUCACCACCACCACCGUCCUCAUCAGCGUCAGAUUUCAAGCAUGAAUGCGGAUUCAGCGGCUGCCAUGCAGCUUUUUCUCAUGAACCCUCAACCCAGAUCGCCUUCUCCUCCCCACAAUCCUUCCACUAGCUCUUCUACCCUCAACAUGUUGCUCCCCAAUCCUUCCUCUUCUCUACAAGAAUUCCCUGGCCCUGGAACUGGAGGGGGUUUUGGUCAAUUCACCUGGGUUCCAUUUUCCGAAGCAGGUUCUCAAGAAGUAGGAACCAACGCCAACUCGAAUCAGGGUGAAAUCGGCGGGGUUGUGGAAGGCCAAGGUCUUUCCUUAUCGUUGUCGUCUUCAUUGGAAGGAGCGAAAGCCGAGGAACUGAGGAUGGGGGAUAGUGGGUUUCUUAAUUAUUACAGUCAAAGUGCAGCAGGAGGGUCCUCAUCUGCUCAGUAUCCGUACAAGAAUUUGGGCGGUCAAACUCAAACUCACGCAUUGCAUGUGCAAGGAGUGGCGCAGAACUACCAAGCUCAUGCUGGUUUCGGGUCAUCCUUGGGGAUUGCCAAUGUGCUGAGGAACUCCAAGUACGUGAAGCCUGCUAAAGAAUUGCUUGAAGAAUUCUGCAGCGUCGGGAGGGGUCAGUUCAAGAAGAACAAAUUCAGCAGGCAGACCUCCGACCUUAAUUCCAAUUCCGGUGUUGGUGCCGCUGCUUCUUCGUCUUCCACAAAAGACCCCCCUCCUAUGUCAGCCGCCGACAGGAUUGAGCAUCAGAGAAGGAAGGUCAAACUUCUAUCCAUGCUUGACGAGGUGGACCGAAGAUACAGUCACUACUGCGAACAAAUGCAAAUGGUGGUGAACUCAUUUGACUUGGUGAUUGGUUAUGGGGCGGCGGUACCGUACACGGCGCUGGCGCAGAAAGCAAUGUCGAGGCAUUUCCGGUGCCUGAAGGAUGCCAUAUCAGCACAACUGAAGCACAGUUGCGAGUUGCUGGGCGAGAAAGAUGGGGUGGGUUCGUCGGGUUUGACUAAAGGUGAGACUCCAAGGCUUAAGCUGCUGGAGCAAAGCCUUAGGCAACAGAGAGCCUUCCACCAGAUGGGCAUGAUGGAGCAGGAGGCUUGGAGACCCCAGCGCGGUCUUCCUGAACGUUCUGUCAACAUUUUGAGAGCCUGGCUUUUCGAGCAUUUCCUCCACCCGUACCCAAGCGAUGCAGAUAAGCAUCUGUUGGCUCGACAGACUGGGCUAUCGAGAAAUCAGGUAUCAAACUGGUUCAUUAACGCCAGAGUAAGGUUGUGGAAACCCAUGGUAGAGGACAUGUAUCAACAAGAGCUUAAAGAGGCGGAGGAUGCAGAAGACACAGAAAUGAACCAAAGUGACAAUAGUGGCAACAUGGCUCAAACUCCAACGCCCACAACCACCGCAACCACAACUACGACCAAUUCAACAGCAACAGCGCCACCGUUAACGCCACCAGCCAAAAGAUACGACGUCAACGCCACCGAAAGAGACCAUUCCCUCGCUGCAAUCAACAGACAAGCCUUCUCGGAAAACCAAUCAAAGCAGCAGUCGUCCGCCACCACCACCCUCGCCCCGAGCGCCACCGCCUCUGAGGUGGCGCCACCCGUGUCCCAAUGCUUCGAAUCAGACCUGCCCCCACACAGUCAUGAUGACACGUGUCGGCAUGGCUGCAUGGCUGCAGAACACUGCGGGACCGUCACAGCCACUGCUAACAAUAUUGGAUCUACUCUCAUUAGGUUCGGGACCACCGCCGGUGAUGUGUCGCUCACCCUAGGGUUACGCCACGCCGGGAACAUCCCUGACCCUUCUCCUUUCUCCGUUAGAGAUUUUGGAGGCAUUUGAUUAAACUUAGAUUGCAUAUAAAAUACAUAUAGGAAGUUGAAGUUGUUUGUUAUUUCAGCUAUCGAAAAAGAAAACCUUUUUGCUGAUUUUUA